AAGAGAGCACGCAGGUUUUCGAAGACUGAAAGAGCAAAGGAAUUAUCUCAAGCCUUCGGGAAUCUCGCUCUAACUGUCACACCCAUUGCGGAGGCGCGAACAUGACAUUCGUGCAUGACUUGAAAGACAUUACAGAACCGUUUUGCAGAGCUCUUCAGAAACCCAACUUGAAUCCAACGAAAUGAAUAUGGUUUCCCGUGAGCGAUGAGGCUCCUUUAGUUACCCGCUUCUGAUUUGGCGGCUACAGAACUUGGCUAAGAACUGCAACGAGAAGUCACAGGCUACAGCAGGGCGCACCUAUGCCGUGACUUCGAUAGUUGUGCAGAUUACAUUCGUACGCGAUUUUCCUCUCUUUGCCGCAUAGCCCGGAGCUGCUUGACCCAUCGUCUCCCGGGACACGAGCCAGUGUACACAUAAAGAUGCUGCAGAGAUGAGCUUGUGCUCCCCGAACGCGACUGCAACAGGCGCUCGAGCGACUCCAGCCUGAAGCCACAGUCCAGACGGAGGGUGCGCAGCAGCCGCACAGCCGCGCAUCGUCCGUGUGUCCCUUGCGCGAGACGCUCAAGCUUUGCAGCUUCGGCGCACAGCGGAUGACCUCGAGCACGUGCUGGACCGACACAUGCCCCGGCAGCGCGAGCUGCAGCGUGGCGAUCCCGGGAGACCGGCCCAGGCAUGCCGUGAUCUGCUCGGUGCGCCAGAAGACGCGCGUGAACGUGAGCGAAAGCGAGGCGAGAGCGGGGAACGCAAAUGGGGCGAGGAAGGCGCCGAGAUGCGUCGUGUCUCGGCUCUCCUUCGGGAUCUGACAAUUCACCUCCAGGUUCUGCAGGAAGGGGAGAGUCUGGAUGCUCGCGGCCCCGACUGUGGAAGCGCCAUCGGGGUACGAUUUCGAGAAAAUCUGGGCCGUGACGAGAUUCGUGCACAACUGCAGAAUGGAGCUGCAAACAUCCAGUGAAGAUUCGUGCAGGGAGAGUGUCGUGAGGCGGCUCCAUGGAAGGAGCACGGAGGUCACAUCCAGCGUAUUCCGUAGUUGCAGCCGGACCAUUCGCAGGCGCGAACAUCCUAGGAACUGGUCGAUGGGGUCUUGCUGCUUUGCCAAACCGCUGAGAUGCAGGCUCUCGAGGCCUGGGAACGACUUGCGCGCCAACGAUCCGAGGUCUGGUGCCGUGAGAGACAGCGCCCUCCACCUCUCUGUCGUCGGCAGCACGGCCUCCUCGACUUGGUCGCGCAGCGCAGCGACGAGGUCCGAGUCCGCACCCUCCGCGUGCUUCAGGGCCACGACGAUCGACAGCGGCUCGCUCCUCGUCAGCGCCGCGCCGAGCUGCGCCAGAUGCCUCGGCGACAGCUCCUCCGUCCCCAGGCGCACGUAGAUCGGGGCCUUGUUCCACAGCUUCGGCGUCCCGUACGCGAUCCGCCGCCAGUGCGCGCACACCUGGCCCAGCUUGUGCGCCUGGCUCGAGGGGCGCACGGAGCAGUCCGUCUCGAGGAAGCCGUGCCGCACGACGCCCUCGAUGACGACGAGCUCGAAGAUCUCGGCCAGCAGCUCGAUGGGGAGCGCGGCGAUGCUGGUCUGCGGCGGGAAAAGUCGAGCGCUGGACGUCGAGGUCGGAGCCCCCGUCUCGUCUUCGGCGCGUUUUUCUUGGAAUAUGCUGCAUUCGUCGCACCUCAUUUGCGAGGGGCGUGGAUGUUUGCGGGAGAUAGCGAGAUGAUUUGGCCUAGAUUUUCAUGAUGGUCGUUCCCCGACUUUGUUGCCAUGCGUCGGCGAGUGGCGGGCCGAGCACGUGCGGCUGGCAAAUUGUGACACUUCGCGAGCGUGACAUCGAGUAGUGCGGCCUCGCAAGUCAAGUAUGAGAUGUUCGGCCUGAAGCUUUGGAAGGUGACUCAUACAACUCUGGAAUACAAGGCAGCUGCAUUAAAUAUACUACCGAUCUGCGUCAAAAAGCGAACCCGAUCGUCUUGGAAUGCUUCCUGGUUGGUUUCAGCCUUUCAGGGACGAUUCGCAAGUGCUGCUCUUGUGGACAUGUGAAAAGAAGAAAAGCGCUUCAUUUCAUGCGUUUUCCAUACAUGUGCUCUUUUCUCUUCGACCGGGCUUGUAGCAAAGGCGCUAUGUAAAAGUCCGGCAGAAACUAUGUGCAGGCGUGACCGCGUAGAGACAGCUAGAAACGAUUUUCAUAAUCACGAGCUCAUUUGAUCAGUUUUCGACAACCUCGACCCCAGCGCAGAACCAUUCUGCUGCCCUUUCACAACGCAGAUAGCCAGUCUCUUUACCCACACUGCCUGAACCUGAAAACCAUUCUACCCGCACCCCAAUGCCAUCAACUCCCAUUUCAGCAAGCUAAAAUGUCGGCAAGAUCGCACGUCACCCUCACGUUAACAUUACCAGAGGCCGCCGUCUGCCACCGGGAUUCCACCGCAUGAGCACCAAUGGUUGAAGGCCAAACAGCACGAUACCCAUCACAAGAUCGGACGGCCAAUUCAAGGAAAAACGCUGCCAUGGUCAGCCGCUCUCCUCGGGUAAACGUCGGGCCACAGCGCUUGCUGGGCUUCGCGUCAUCCCCGCAUGCGGAGAAAGUGCUUCCGCACAGAGACGACCACUGGACCCGGGGGUGACUGUAUGGACGGAGCGGGGCCUUUUGCAGUAGCUCCGAAGUGUGUCUCCGCGCGGCGACAUUGUCGAGAUGACCCUUCCUCGGAAUCUCCUGCCAGCGGGUAUAUAUAUAUAAGGGUGGAGGACGGGGGCUCCGCUUCUUCACCGUGCUUGGGUCCCUUGCUCCUCCUCGACCAAGAUGUUCACUGCUCUCUUCGCACUCGCGGCAAUCUUGCCCGCAUUCGUCAAAGCACAGAGCCCUAUUUACGGGCAGUGCGGAGGACAGAACUGGGCGGGUCCUUUCACCUGUGUUGCGGGGUCUACCUGCGUGGUCAACAAUGCUUACUACUCGCAAUGCCUUCCGAGCACUGGCAACGGAGGCGGAUCGCCGACUACGCCUGUUUCGACCCAGCCCGCAACGAGCACAACGACCUCGGCUGCUGCCAGCCAGACACCCGCUGCCGGAAACCCAUACGCUGGGCACAGCGUGUGGUUGCCUACGUUCUACGCAUCGGAGGUGCAGGCCGCUGCGGCGAACAUCAGCGACGCGACCCUCAAGGCCAAGGCGCUCUCGGUCGCCAAGAUCCCGACCUUCACGUGGUUGGACACCGUGUCCAAGGUCCCCCAGCUUGCGACGUACCUGUCCGCCGCGAGCGCACAGGGAAAAUCCUCGGGCACGCCGAGCAUCGUGCAGAUCGUCGUGUACGACCUGCCCGACCGGGACUGCGCGGCGGCUGCCUCGAACGGCGAGUUCAGCAUCGCGAACGGCGGCCAGGCCAACUACUUCAACUACAUCGAUCAGAUCGUUGCCCAGAUCAAGAAGUUCCCUGAUGUGCGCGUCGUGGCUGUCAUCGAGCCGGACAGUCUCGCGAACCUCGUGACCAACCUGAACGUCGCCAAGUGCUCCAAUGCGCAGACGACCUACCUGGCCUGCGUGACCUACGCGAUCCAACAGCUCAACACGCUCGGCAACGUCUACUCGUACCUCGAUGCUGGCCACGCGGGCUGGCUCGGCUGGCCCGCGAACCUGGGCCCCGCCGCGCAGCUCUUCUCGUCGCUGUACAAAAACGCCGGCUCGCCCAGCAUGGUGCGUGGGCUCGCCACCAACGUCGCCAACUUCAACGCUCUGUCCGCGGCGUCCCCCGACCCGAUCACGCAGGGCAACGCGAACUACGACGAGAUCCACUACAUCAACGCGCUCGCGCCCAACCUCGCCUCCGCGGGCUUCCCCGCGCACUUCAUCGUCGACCAGGGCCGCUCGGGCGUGCAGAACAUCCGCCAGCAGUGGGGCGACUGGUGCAACGUCAAGGGCGCCGGCUUCGGGCUCCGGCCGACAUCGAACACCGGCUACACGCUCGUCGACGCGAUCGUGUGGGUCAAGCCCGGAGGCGAGUGCGACGGGACCAGCAACACGUCCGCGACGCGCUACGACUUCCACUGCGGCCUCAGCGACGCCGACCAGCCCGCGCCGGAGGCCGGCACGUGGUUCCAGGAGUACUUCACCACGCUCGUGUCCAAGGCCAACCCGUCGUUGUAA